CAGACAUCUACGUCGUCCACGUACUUCGAGGACGACAAAGUUGAAACUGUGUCCGACGUACCACAAUCGAAACCUGUUGUCGACACUGUCGGACUGUAGAAGUGCUCGUGACCAAAAACACGUUGGUCGCAGUCUGUGAUCCCUGCGAUAUUUUUCGGAGUUCUGCGAACGCCUUGGACAGAUCUCCUCUGACCUCUCGCAAAUGGAAAACAGAGGUUCUCCUGACGAGUGUCAAGAAGUGGGACUUCUGGACGAUUUGGACGAAGUGAUCACGGCCCAAUUGAAGCCCUCAGCUCACAUCAUGGAUGGCUUCAAGCUGACGCAGCAGACGCAAGCGCAGCCUCAACCUUACGUGACCAUACUCGUUCAACCGCAAAGCAGAGCUCUGAGGUUUCGUUACAAAUGCGAAGGAAGAUAUCCAGGUGCCCUGACCGGUCUGGGUUCGACGGCGGAGAACAAGACCUACCCGACGAUUCGAGUGGAGAACUACGUCGGGAAAUUCGUCGUCGCGGUAUCCUGUGUAACGAAGGAUCAUCCGUAUCAUCCUCAUCCGCACAACAUCGUAUCCAAAGAGGACUGCAGAAAGGGGGUUUAUCGCAACAAAUACGAGCGAUCGAACAUGACUGCUCAAUUCUCUACUCUGGGCAUUCAGUGUGUGAAGAAGACUGAAGUCAAAGAAAGCCUCGAGCAGCGCAAAUCUCUGAAGAUCGAUCCGUUCAACACGCGCUACGAUCAUAUGGGCAAACUCACGGACAUCGACCUCAACGCGGUGAGGUUGUGCUUCCAAGUGUUCAUUGAGAGCAUCCCUGGAUCGGACAAAUUCGACCGGCCCCUGGAUCCUGUCGUUUCCGAUGUGAUCUAUGAUCGGAAAGCCAUGAGUGAUCUGCAUAUAACGAAACUCAGUCAUCCGGUCGCGCCCAUGGCAGGAGGAUUAGAGAUGAUCGUGUUGUGUGAUAAAGUCAGCAAAGAUGACAUUGAAGUCUUUUUCUACGAGAAGGACGAGGCUGGCAGGCUCAUCUGGGAGGAGAAGGCCGACAAUUUGACCGUCCACAAGCAGGUCGCGGUCUGUUUCCGCAGUCCGGAUUGCAGGAAACAUUUCACUGCGGGCAACAAUCUGCAAACCUGCAUCAAAAUCGAGGUCCAUUUGAGGAGAUCCCGAGUGAACGAGCAUGGCGACGGACGCGACUUGUUUUUGAUGAGCGUCAGCGAAUCGGGGACUGAAGGCGCCAAACGAAAACGUUUCCCACCACCUAAUCUGCAAAUGCAGAUCGAGCUCAUGCAAUCCCAGGAUCAUGUUCCCAUGAUUAUCCCGGUGCCGCGCUAUGAGCAACACGAAAUCCGUCACGGAAAUCGAUCUCCUCGGAGCGACGGCAGCCCGGCUCGCUCUCCGCAGUGGAUGAACUCGCCCCAACCCAUAAUGAACGCCUACGGCAACGGCAACGAAAUCAGUCAUAUACUACCCGAUGCGGGACCAGGUCCUGCAAACCCCCAAGAGCUCGCCGCCGUGAACGAAACCGCGGAGAGGCUCGACUCGAUACUCGAUCUCGGGCUUCCGUCGAAUUUCAACAACAAUGACAUAAACUUAAACAAUCUCAACAUGAAUGAGGUGCAGAUGACUGGACCGAGUGCGACUCCCGUAGCUAAUGGGAACAUCGACGAAAGCAAUUACUCAGUUCCGAAUCUUUCGGCGUCGAUGUUCGAGAGUGAGACAAGUGUGGGCCAACUGGAAUUGUUAGACUCAGAUCAACUCCAGUUCAAGCAAGAAGAGAAAUAAUCGCACUGU